GAAGUUUUUCACAUUUCCUCCUCACAUCUCUUCAUUGUAUACUAUUCCUGGCUUCUUCCUUUACUUCACCAACCAUGUCUCUCAUCAAUGAUCUUGUCAAUCUCAGUCUCUCUGAUCACACAGAUAAGAUCAUUGCUGAGUAUAUCUGGGUUGGAGGGUCUGGAGUUGAUAUCAGAAGCAAAGCAAGGACACUCUCAGGCCCUGUCAAUGAUCCAAGCAAGCUCCCAAAAUGGAACUAUGAUGGCUCCAGCACAGGUCAAGCACCUGGACAGGACAGUGAAGUGAUCUUAUAUCCCCAGGCCAUAUUCAAGGAUCCAUUUAGGAGGGGGAAUAACAUUCUUGUUAUGUGUGAUUGUUAUACACCGGCCGGAGAACCGAUACCGACCAACAAACGCUACAAUGCUGCUAAUAUAUUCAAUCAUCCUGAUGUUGCUGCUGAAGAGCCUUGGUUUGGAAUAGAGCAGGAGUACACUCUUCUGCAGAAAGAUGUCAACUGGCCUGUUGGUUGGCCUUUAGGUGGCUAUCCUGGUCCUCAGGGUCCUUAUUACUGCUCUGUUGGAGCCAAUAAGUGUUUCCGGCGUGAUGUCGUUGAUGCCCAUUACAAGGCUUGCCUUUAUGCAGGAAUCAACAUCAGUGGAAUCAAUGGAGAAGUAAUGCCAGGACAGUGGGAGUUCCAAGUUGGCCCUGCUGUCGGUAUUUCUGCCGGAGAUCAAUUAUGGAUUGCUCGAUACAUCCUUGAGCGAAUCACAGAGUUGGCUGGUGUGGUCCUCUCUUUUGAUCCAAAGCCAAUUCAGGGAGAUUGGAAUGGUGCAGGUGCUCAUACAAACUACAGUACUAAGUCUAUGAGAAAUGAUGGAGGCUACAAUGUAAUAAGGAAAGCGAUCGAAAAUCUUGGUCUGAGACACAAAGAACAUAUUUCUGCUUAUGGAGAAGGCAAUGAACGCCGUCUCACAGGACGACAUGAAACUGCAGAUAUUAACACCUUCAAAUGGGGAGUUGCGGACCGUGGAGCAUCGAUUCGUGUCGGCCGUGACACCGAAAAAAUGGGCAAAGGUUACUUUGAAGACAGGAGGCCAGCUUCAAACAUGGACCCAUAUGUUGUUACUUCCAUGAUUGCUGAGACUACCCUCCUUUGGAAACCAAAUUAAGAAGUUAUCUCUUCCAUGAGAUUUCAAGUUCUUGAGUUCUAUAAUCAGUGCAUUGUCUUUACUUUAGUUCCUAGCUUUCAAUUUGCAUGAAAUCAAAUAAGGAGGCACAAUGCUUACCUGCUACUUCUGCUUUGUUUUGUGCUCUCAAUAAUAUGGAAGACAUAGACUAAUUCUAACUUUCUUCCUUAAGUUCCUCUCUUUUGUUAGUCAGUUUUCACGGUAAUUUCACCGUGCUCCGUUGUAAUCUGGUUUCAUUUUAACAAAGUUAUCCAUUUUUCUUUUUUACUAAAAAA